AUGCUUCUUACCAUGCAUCUGAGUCUCAAUUACGCGGCUGUCCGCUCCGUGCAGAUGACCAGUCUAAACCGACAACGAGCAAACAUCGUCUUCUCAACACUACUAAACUCCGACACGGACCUUGACAUUGCGAACUUCAAUCCCACCCACGAAACUCACCCAACCCCCAAGCAUAGCAAAGCAACACAAUCCCAGAAACAAUGGCAGAUACCAACCCCAGCCCAAGUCUCCAAGCAAGAGAAGAUCUUCGAGACGGACGGCAUCCUAAGAUGGGUCUCUGCCCCAUCAACACAACACAAACUAGGCACCUGCCGUAUCGGAGUCCCACUCGAACAAUUCCUCGCCCCAUCUUCGACACGCACGGGAUCCGGCUCCCUCAAAACAUCAACCCCCAUAUCCGACCUUUCCUCCCUCUUUAAAUCAGAAGACUACCUGUUAUUCCUGCACCGUAACCGCCAAUCCUGGGACGCAAGAAUCCUCCUGAAGACGAGUAGCACGACCCAAACGCAGCUAAAAGCCUGGAUGCACGUAUUACUGGCUGCACGAGUGCUAUGCUCGUCCGCAAAGGAGAUGCGGACACAGGAGAUAGAGUAUAUCAUGGACACGAUCUCCAAGACAUUGACUUUCCUAAACGAUGGCUCUCGGACGGAUCAGUACAUGUCAGCUCUAACAGAGGCAGGAUGGGAUCUGAACGUUGCUGCAUUGGAGACAAGGUCUGGACGGCGGAUUGCUUGUACUUAA